AUGACAUUUGUUGUUCCUGUCAUUGCCACAAAGGCAGCUAAUGCCUACAAGACGAUUUUCUUCCAGCGUCAGAAAGGACAUAAGAAGUCCAAGCUUCCCAUAUUUUGCAUACUGGCUGUGACAGCCUUCAGCAUUUCAUCAGCUCGCGAUGUAAACGGUUUUACAAUAUUGGACGCCUCACUUACAGGCGCCGGGGGAGGAGCAGCAAACGAUCCGCAACAGCCUUACCCGCUGCUGCAAGACAGGCUGAGGAAGGCCCUUACUGAAAAAUAUCAUGAAAAUGCAGAAAGUAUCUUUGUGAGUGAAGGGGUGAACACUAGAGAAGAAGAAGAAAGUAAUGACUCUGAUGACAUUGACGAGGCUAUGCCCCCUCUUUCAACGACUGUGGACAAAUUCGACGAGGCAAUGAAUCGCGCAUGUUCACCAAGUAUAAAAAACAGCCUCUUCGACAACCUGGGACAACCAGUUACUGAGGCAGUGAAUCUUAUGGAUCGCUGGAUGAAUAGCGUAUUAGGAGCGAUGACAACUCUCGAGUCAGAUUCAACUCCGCUGUACGAGUAUCUGUCUGGAACGGGGAGUUUGACUGCUGUCAUCAAGGGCAGUUGCCUCUUCGGCUUGUCCAUUCUUGCAGUUUUGAUGUACCAAAAAAAAGGUGUACAGGGUGCGAAACAGGCAUACUGUCAAGCUUAUGCCUUUACUGAUGAAUUACUUCGAGGAAGUCCCUCACUGGGUACAAACGUCACCCAAGUAGAUGAACCGCAGUCGGACGAAUUUGAAGGGUUGCUACCUCUAAUUGAAUCUGUGGAAUCUUUGGCUCUGCUUGUCGAUGGGGAUAAUCCAAACAAUAUUGUUGAAUUGUCCAAGAAGGCUGCGACUAAUGCAUUGGACGUCGUCCCAAUGGCUGGCGAGAUGACUAGGGCUACCAAAUACCUUUCUGAUGCAUGCGCAUCAUUGUCCGCAAAGACGUCGCUUUCUGGUAGCUUCCACAAAUCGGUUUGGUGUGAUAUUCGCAAGCGUGAAUCUGGAAGCUCCGGGCUGAUCAGCACGGAAGAAAAGAUGAGCACCUCAGCUCAAAAAAUAAUUCAAAUAAACCCCAAGAAAUACGUGGAAACAAUAUUCUCAAAGGUCACGCUUCCUGCUCUGAAUAUUGAGGCGACUCUCCCCACAGAGAAUGUUAAGGAGCUAUUCUUCACUGUUUUUGACAUCCUGGGGGACACAGAGGAGACGAUCUCGAAGGUGUUGGGCUGGCUCGAUGCUGCUCUUAGCGUAGACUGUGCUAUAUACUUGGCCAUCUUGUUGCUUGUAGUCUUGUGGGCUGCUUGGUUCUUCUUUCGUGGAAGCAAGACCAAUGGUUUGAUUCCCGCACUCUUCUGGAAUGUCUUAACGUGGGUGGCUGUAGCACUUCUGGUAGUUGGUGGCGCUUUAGGGUGGAUCACUACACUUGGCAAACAAGGAUGUUCCAUACUCAUAAACAACUGCUUAGAGCAGGACAACUGGGAUCUGCUUUCUGAUUACGUACCAGUGGUGGAGCCACUGAUAUCCCAAUGCCUCACGAAAGAAGGAGACGGGGACUUGCUUGCUGGAGUCGGACUGGACGCAGCUUACGACCAAAUGCUUAAAGCGCUUCAGGAGACACUUGCCGGCUUCCCCACAAAUAUAAGUUCUCUGGACAAGGAGACUUCGGGUGUGGACCCGCCGUGGCUGGUUUAUCCAUAA